CUCACCCAGCAAGUGGACAAGAAUGGCUGCCAGUUCAGAAAAUACACAGGGCAUUCUUGUUAUCUAUGAAGAAGACGCAGAGGAAUGGGCACAGUAUUUAAAAUCAGUUUUCAAGCACAUUAUAAUAGAAGACAGAAUCUUGCUUUACAACCUAGGAGCUGCAUCCAUUCACCACCUGGAAUUGCAAUCUCUGUGCUCUUACAGAUGUAAACUGCUGAUAUUAUCAAGUGGACUUGUACACUGUCUGAAUCGAAAGAAAAGACAUUUUCUAGACAAGAUCCUUCAGCCUCCUGAAAGGGUGGUUAUUUUGCUUUGUGGGACUGAGAAUUCAGACAUUAUCUCUCACAUGUUGAAUAUAGAUCCAAACUAUCAGCUGAUUACCACCGAUCAAGAACCAGAAGUCUAUCUCACCGUGAUUUCUGACAUUAUUCAACAAGGUUUAGAUGUGGCCUUGUCUCUGGAAUUAAAAAGCACCUUAACACUAGAAGACAAAAGUGUGGAAACCGAGGUGUUCUCUGAAAUAUUAGAAAGGCCAGCUGUCUCACUGUUGCCCACAAGGAUAUCAUGUGAGAACCCUGGAGAAAUAUUCAUUCUUUUGAGAGAUGAAGUCCCUGAUGACUCAGUAGUGAUAGAAUUCGUGACAGAAAACGAAUGGGUCAGGACUCACCCAGAUGUUUGGAAUCAGAAGGUCAGGUAUAUGAAAGCUUUAGAUUUUCCUGCUGGCUUUGUAAACGUCAACGUCUACUGUGAGGGAGUAAUUAAAGCUACGACACAGAUCGAAUACUACACAGUGGUUGAGGAGAUUGAAAGUAUUCUUCAGAAAGUGGCUGAUCCAAUAGCCUUUGCUUGUCAGGCUUCCAAGUUUUCAUCGGCAGAGAAAGUGGAUAGCAUUCUCACAUUCUUACUGAAAAGUCCUGUCAUUUCUCAUGAUUUCAGUGUUCUUCCAAAUGAAGUCAGGGGUCAUUACCAACAGGCUGACUCACACUUAGAAGAGCUUCCUACUCUUCUCCACUGUGCAGCUAAAUUUGGAUUAAAGAAGCUUUCCACUUUUCUCCUCCAAUGUCCCGAGGCAAUUCGGGCUUGCAGGAUAACCAAUAAGUAUGGAGAAAACCCAGCAUGUCUUGCAGAAAAGUAUGGUCAUAAGGAGAAUCAGAAAAUCAUUACUGAAUUGUCGAUAAAAGAAGAUGAUAAGGAAAGUAACAGUCAGGAGAAAGGAAACGUGGAAACUGAAACUGAAGAUGACACUUACGUAAUUAUGAUGAGCUCAGAAUCUCACAGUAAUGGCCUUUCAGCCAGUCCAAGAGCAAGACAACAGCCUAGAGCCUGUUGGAAAAUCCAGAAGGAUGUAGGAAUGGUCAAUGGAGAUGAACAGGAAAGAGUGCCUAAGAAAGAAGAAACAGAAAAAGAAAAUAAAUCAGGAGGAAAUCCACAUUGCUCAGAUGGCAAUGAUGAGAGCUUAUAUGCUAACAUACCUGAGAAGACUCCUGAAGGCUCCAGAGAUGUGGUCUACUCUCAGAGGCCACCUUUGCCACCUCGAACCCCAUCUACAACCACAAGACAGGAUGAGCUUUUCUACUUAUCCCCAGCAUGGGAAACAGUGAAAGACCAAAAUAAAACCAGUGUGAUACAUGAAGAGGAGAGAAAAGAAGGUGUAUCUGAGAAAGCAGAAGAGGAAGAUCCAUACUGUUCUGCACUGCUGGAUGAUGGUGUGUACGAUAUGAUUUUUGAUAAUGAAACCAAAGAGCGGAAGCAAGGCAGGAGAUCCUUCAUUAUGAACCGCCCUCCAGCACCCGCACCUCGUCCUUUGUCCAUCUCUACAAAAGAGGAGAGCACUCCUUACAUAGCACAAGUUUUUCAACAGAAGGCGAACAGAAAUGCUGGUAAUGGGAAGCUGCCAUGUACUGCCAGAAAACCAGACAGAGUGUGUGGUGACAGGACAACAUACACUACUGUCAAGCCAAGGAUCCCAUUGAGGCAAGAAGAACUCAUCCUAUUACAGGAGCAGGUGAAGAGGGGGACACUUUCUGUGGAUGAAGCUGUGGAGAAAUUCAAACAAUGGCAGGAUCACCAACAUGGAUUAGAAGCUACCCAGCAGGGAAAGAACAUGUGGCUUCAGAUAACAAACACAGAGCAGAUUUCUGGACUUGGUCUGCAUCAUUUCCUGUUUAUCAGACCAUGCAGUGAUCAGUCGACAUCACAAUGAGAGGAUCCCUAUUUCAUCAAACUCAACUGGACCAAGUUGAACUAUGAAGACUGGAUAAGCAAAUGUUAUCAGCCAGGCCUCCUUUUCAAAUGUUCCCCUUACCUUUGUUUCAAUGGACUCUGCAAACAACAAGUGAAUAGGGGCAAAACAAAUGUGCUGUUUCCAUUUAGGUUUUAUUUUAAAGCAAAGGGGGGGAACCUCCAGCAUUUCAGCUUAAUUAGGCCUACCAGAUUCCCCAUUUAGCCUGCAGGGUAAUAGCCAAGCCAUGCCCAUCUCCUCUACACCUAAUGCCAAGCGUGGAGCAGGUAAAGCCCUGGAUCAGCCGAAAGGGGGGUUGCAGGUGUCACCAAUCAGCCACUCAGCAGUAUCUGCAAAGCCCUAUACAAAGUGCCCUGCAAGACAGAGCUCUGAAAGAGGCUUUGCAAGAUUUAACAAUCAGCUGAUUGUGGGAUCAUCAGAAGCUCCUUUCAAAGUGCUGUCUUGCGCAGCACUUUGCAAAUUGCUCAUAAGUUAUUGGAGCACUGUACAAUUUGAGGGUUUUUUUUAAAAAAAUGUCAGCCGUAACUUGGGGCAGCACUUACAAUAAUGGCUCAAUACUGCUUGAUGUUCAUAUGACUUCCCACACCUCAUCCUAUCCCACCAGAUAAUUUUAGUUCUCUGUGCAUUAAAUAGCCUUACUGCCUGGCCAGUCAAACAUGUGACGCUGCAACACAGCUUCAGUUUAGAACAAGAGAAUACAAAGCAGGUCAAUUAAGAUUAGGAGCCUGGAGAAUGAACCACAAGAGUUUUGUGAUUGUUCUGAUUGUUUCAUGUAUAUUUUUCAAUGAUUUCAUAUAUAUUUCACUUCUGUAUACUAACUAUUGCA